GAGGAGGGCUGCCAGUGGAGAAGGAGCACAGAGAGCAGACGAGCGUACGGAACGGUAUCGGGGCUGGCUAGCUGGCUUUCCGGUCCGUCACGUUUGUAAUUCCGCAUCGGCCUCCCCUCCCCCCCGACCUUUCCUUUUGUCGCCAGAGACUUGUCGCUCGUUUGCCAGUCCUCCUCGGACGCUGAAGAAAAAAAAAGAAAAGAAGCACGGCGGCAUGGCGGCUUCUCUUGACCCGGCACUCUCGCCUGCCAGCUCCGACGACGUGUCGAGCAAGAGAGGAGACAGCUCCUUAGGGCUGCACGAAAAGACGGCCGUAAUAGCCAAAGAAACCAGGACGCAGACGCCCAGCCUCUUGGGUGGUAGCGAAGCCGGGUCCGACGACUCGGAUCCGCUGGAGCCGCUCGAGCACGGCUUGGCCCGCGACCUCGAGAUCGAGGCCGGCUAUGCUGCCCGCCGCGAAUCGCUCACGUCGUCGCUCGCCCACACCAGGACAAGGACCAGCGUCAAUAGCGCCGCCUCGCGGCUCCCCGACUUCGAGGUCGUCUUCGGCCCCGAUGACCCCGACAACCCCCGCAACUGGCCUCUGUGGUACAAGGCUUGGGUCAUCUUCGGCGUCUCCUUCUCUACCUGGGUCGUUGUGCUCUAUAGUACCAGCUACACGGCCACCAUCCCCGGCGUCAUGGACGAGUUCCACGUCGACAGCCAGGCCGUCGCAACCCUCGGCCUGACUACCUAUCUUCUCGGCCUGGCCGCCGGCACCGUCGUUGUCGCCCCCAUGAGCGAGCUCUAUGGCCGCCGCCCCGUCUACCUCGUCUGCCUGUUCAUAUUCACGCUCCUGAUCAUCCCCUGCGGCCUGGCCACAUCGCUCUCCGAGCUUAUCGUCGUCAGGUUCUUUGGCGCCUUGUUUGGGGCCGCCAUGGUAUCAAACAGCCCGGGCACUGUUGUAGACAUAGCCGACCAUGAGUACAUUGCACUGUGCAUGUCGCUGUGGUCCAUCGCUCCCCUGAAUGGUCCUGUGACGGGACCUUUAAUAGGGGGCUUUGUUUACCAGUACCUUGGCUGGCGGUGGGCUAACUGGAUCGCACUGAUUUUGGGCGGUGCGUCUUUUUGCAUCAUGGUGCUAGCCAAGGAGACCUAUGCCCCAGUCAUCCUACAGAAACGGGCGGCGAAGAAGCGCAAGGAGGAGAAUGACGAGCGCUGGUGGUGUCGCUACGAUGAGAAGAGGUCCACCCUCGACCUCCUCAAGGUCAACAUGAGCCGCCCCUUUGUGCUCGCCGUGACAGAGCCGAUCCUGAUAUGCUUCAAUGUUUGGAUAACGGUCAUAUACUCAAUAUUGUAUCUGUGUUUCGUAGCCUACCCCAUCGUUUUCGUAGAGCACCGUGGCUGGGCGCCUGGCAUAUCCGGGCUCGCCUUCAUCGGCAUCGGCAUCGGCACCAUGCUGGCCAUUGUGCUCGAACCCGUCUGGCGGCGCAUGAUCAACUCGAACGAGAAGGAUCCCGAGACGGGCAAGGUGUUUCCCGAGGCCAUGGGCGCCGUCAUGAGCAUUGGCGGCAUCCUCGUCCCGGUUGGUCAGCUCGUCUUCUCCUGGACAUGCCUGCCAACGUCGAUACACUGGGCCAUCCCAAUCGCAUUCGGCAUCCCCUUCGGCAUGGGGAACACGCUCGUCUUUAUCUACUCGAGCAACUACCUGGCCGGGUCGUACGGGCUCUACGCGGCCUCUGCCCUCGCCGGCAAUACCGUCAUGCGCUCCGUCUUCGGCGCCACCAUCCCCCUCGCCGGCAAGGCCAUGUAUGACGCCAUGACGCCGCAGUGGGCAGGCACUCUGCUGGGACUACUCGAGGCCAUCCUAAUCCCAAUCCCCUUUAUAUUCUCACGCUAUGGUGCCCGCAUCCGCGCCAAGAGCAGGAUCAUCCAGCAGAUGCGGCGCGAUCAGGAGCGCAACCAGAGCAAGCGCGCCAGACAGCUGGCCCGCGCCGCGCGGAGGGCCGCCGCCGAGGACCCCGAGGGCGAUGGCGAUCCCGAGAAGAGCCUGGGCGGGAAGACAGAAGUUGUCGGUUUAUAAUGUGGCUAAAACUUUAAUAGAACCCGGAGCACGUGGGCAUAUAGGCACAUAGCUCUAGGCCUGUUUCCUUUGGGUUGUGGGCGGAAACAGUUCGAUGUU